AUGACGAAAAAAGUUGCAUUGAUCACAGGCGGCGCCUCAGGCAUGGGUCUCAAGGUCGCUGAAGCCCUCGCCUCACGCACAUACGAAGACUGGGACCUACACAUCGUCGACCUGAACGCUGAAGCUGGUGAAAAAGCAACCACAAGCUUGAAAAACGCACACUUUCACCAGACCAAUGUUACCGACUAUCAGUCUUUAACAUCAGCCUUUGAAGCUGCAUUCAAUGUCACCGGGAGACUAGACUUUGUAUUUGCCAACGCUGGCAUCGUGGAGCGGGAUAACUUCUACGAAAAGCAUGAUCUGGAUGCAGGACCGCCGCCGCCGCCAAACCAGUUGAGCAUCGACAUCAAUUACAAAGCUGUGGUAAACACGUCUCACAUCGCAUUACACUACUUCCGUAAAGCCAUCGCGAAGUACGGCAAGGACAAGAUCGCUCCGGUGCUAGUCAUGACUGCUUCCUGUGGCGGUCUGUACCCGAGUGAGUUCUGCCCCAUGUAUUCAGGCAGCAAGGCGGCAGUGGUGCAGUUCAACCGCGCGAUCACGGUGGCGUAUCAUCACGAGGGUAUUCGCACAUUCGCAACAUGUCCCGGGACAAUACGGACGGGCUUGCUGAACCAGGAGGAGUGGAAGAAUUUUCCAGAUGAGUACUUUACGCCCGUUGAGACAUUGGUAGAUGCUGUGUUGAAAAUCGUCGAUGGCGGAGACAUCGAGGAUGCAAAAGGGAAGAAGGUCAAGGGGGAGGAUAACUGGGGCCUCACUGUGGAGGUGAAUGGCAACAACUUCUACUUCAGGGAUCAGACGCCAUUCUGUGAUGCGAAUAUGGAGGCCAUGAUGAAGAAUACCAGCAUGGCAAAUCAGUUGGCUAGGAUUGAGAAGACGAAGAGGGAGCAGGCUGAUGGAAGAACAAAUAGUGUGUGA